GCUUCACUAACUGAUCAGAGGAACCAGUGCUCUAUGUUGGCAUGUUUCGGGCAUUGAGAGGACCUGAAAUAUCUGGAAUAUGGCGCCAUCGGGCUCGCGCAGCGCCAAACGGAAGUGCCGGAGAGUAGUGCACUGGAUCCCCGUGCUGUUCGUGUGCGCGCUCGUGGCGUGGUCCUACUACGCGUAUGUGGCUCAGCUGUGUGUAGAAACAAUAGAAAUCUUGGGAGAGAAAAUAGUUUACCUCCUGGCCUAUCAUGUUUUCUUUAUCAUGUUUGUGUGGUCAUACUGGCAAACCAUCUUCACCAAGCCUAUGAACCCACUUAGAGAGUUCCACCUGUCACACUCUGACAAAGAGCUGCUGAAGCAGGAGGAUCGAGCUGAAUCUCAACAAGAGAUCCUCAGAAGACUAGCCAAGGAUUUACCCAUAUGCACUCGUACAACCUCUGGAGCCAUCCGCUACUGUGACCGGUGCAAUCUAGUGAAACCUGACCGCUGUCAUCACUGCUCUGUCUGUGAUAAGUGCAUCUUGAAGAUGGAUCACCACUGUCCGUGGGUGAACAACUGCGUGGGCUUCUCAAACUACAAGUUUUUUACUCUGUUUCUCGCAUACUCUUUGCUUUAUUGCCUUUUCAUCACUGCUACAGACCUGCAGUACUUUAUUAAAUUCUGGACUAACGGUCUGCCGGACACUCAAGCCAAGUUCCACAUAAUGUUCCUGUUCUUUGCUGCAUCCAUGUUCUCAGUCAGUCUGACUUCACUGUUUGCCUAUCACUGCUGGCUCAUUUGCAGAAAUAGAUCCACUCUGGAGGUUUUUCGUGCACCUGCCUUCACACAUGGAACUGACAAGAAUGGCUUCAGUCUUGGCGUGAGCAAGAAUUUCCGCCAAGUCUUCGGAGAUGAAAAGAAAUACUGGCUUCUACCUGUUUUUACCAGUCAGGGUGAUGGCUGCUCCUUUCCCACAUGUCUUGUGAAUGCUGACCCUGAACAACCUGCCUCACCAUCUGGGCAUGCUGCUAUCAGAAGUGAUGGAGAAUCCCACCUGUUUCCUGCUAAACCUCUGCGAGAGUCUCAGAGCAGACUGCUGAGUAACGGACAGACCUGGACUGAAAAUGGGGGUACAGAGGACGAGGAAAGACAAGGAACAAGCAACCCAGCCAUGACUAUAGAGAAAGAAACUUAGCUGUUUUACACUGCUGACAUCGGAGGAGAAAAAGAACACUUUGCGGUGUGGAACAGUAAAGAAUCAGUGAAGAAUCUUCUUCAUGCUGACAGGAUUGUUGUGCUGUGAGAAAAAGCCAUCAUCCUCUGGGUUUAUUUUCAAUGGCUUAAAAGAAAGCCAAUGAUAAAGCAUAAAGAGUGUAUAUAUAAAUGAGGAUGUGCUUAGGAACCGUAAAGUUCUUUGUUCUAAAUGAAGAAUGUGUUUGUAUACAGUAUACAGUAGUCACUGAUGAAGGGCCACUCUGGGUGAUAUCUGCUGUCCCACUCGACCAAAUUCUAAACAAGAAAGACUGUAAUAUGAUCGUUUAUAUAUAAAACAAAUGGUGUUAAACCAAUAAACCAACAAACAAACAAACUUGACCAAAUUUAA